GAUCGCAUGUGUUCGUAUACGCACUUGAUGUUCAUAUAAGUUUUUAACAAAGAGAAUAAAUGUGCCAUAUAAUUUGUUUUAGUUAGAAGUAUUCAGUAAAAAAAAAAAGUAUGCAGUGUUGCUACAUGGGAUUUUCAAAAAAUUCGGCACGUAUGCCAAUCCUGAUUUAAUCUCAAUAGUUCAAAGCCGCUUCUGUACUUCGGAAAGCACGCUUUUUAUAAAUGAAAAAGAGUAAUAAAAAAUAACAAUGACAUCGAUAAUUGAAUUAGUGAAUUCCUUCGACGUGAAUUCGAAGGAGUUCGAAUCGUUGGUGCACGAUUUGAUGGUCGAUAACAACGACGUGCCGUUUGAUGGCCACGAGGUCAACACUGUACAAAAUGCAUUCAUAAAAAGUGUCAAUUCUCGUAUAAAUCAGUCAGGAAGCAAUUUUCUACUUGUCCUGGACAAGAUUUUGCCUGCGUGUUCUAACGAUAUCUUUUCCAAGUAUGGUUUAUUUUGGAUAGUCAAUGCCACUAAAGUACUGGAAAACGUGCAUAGCAGCAUACAAGAAUUGAUACUAGCAUGUAAAGUGUUGGGAGUUUUAGUCCAAUACUGCAAGGAAAUUCCAGAAUUACACAAACAGAUUUCUAUGCAACAUGUGAAACAGCUUGUAAAUAUUCUCAGCACGCUACAACCAGAUGCAAAAUGUGGAGCAGUCUAUUACUUGUUGGCUAUUCUAAUUUAUCAUUACUCCGAAGUUUGUGAGAAAUUACAGGAAUUGAUAAAGAAAAUGAUAUUACUACAAAUUGAUUCCACACAAGAGAAUUUGGUUAAUGCGAGUGCAAAAUGUUACGUUCUUCUAUCCAAAGCAACAGAACGCUCAUUUAAACCACCACCAUCUAAAUCUAUAUACACUGCAACAACAUACAAUGAAGUACUACUCUGUAAUAACUUGCAUACUAUAAUGGACGAAUUAUUUUCUGGCUUAAUAGAACUGGAGAGUAUAGAUAUCUGGGAUCAAUUAAAAUUACCACUCAUCUCUGAUAACGAUGUGAGACAAUAUUACAAUGGGCAGAAACAGAGAUUUACAAAUCUGUGCAUUUAUCUCUCCUCAAUGUUAAGGGGAUACGAAGCAAAAAAUUCUGUUCUACCUCACGAUAUUUUAGGAGUUUUAUGUCGAGGAUUGGCGAUAACGCCAUUAAAUUUAAAGAAUAAAACUUCCUUUAAAGAACAGAUGCUAUACAUGAUCUUGCCAAAAUUACAUGUUAGCUUGCUCACAGUUUUGGAUGCGUUUAUAAAUGGAUUUGCUCAGGAAUUAGUACCAUAUGGAACAACUAUACUACAGUUAUUUCAACAAAUUUUAAAAUGGACAAGUGUCACUUUAGAAAAAAACCAAAUGACAUUUAGUGACAGCAAAUCUUUCAGGAAAGUUAGAAUAUGCACUUACAAAUGUCUCUCUUCGUGGCUAAUUAAUACAAAUUCAUUGUCAGGAAUAGAGACAAUUGCAAAUGAAUGUGUUACAUGUAUAUUGAAGGAUGUAACACCAGAACGAGAUUGCAUAGUAUUAUCUGUGCAACCAAAAACACAGCACUUAUCUAAACGAGCGAUGAAACGUUUUAAACAAAAUCAGUAUGAAAAUAGUGCAAUUUUAAAUAAUGGUGAGGUUUCUACUAAAAACAGACGUCUGGAUGCAGAUUUAUGUAAAGAGGCUCUUAUUACUUUGCAAAACAUACUUUUUAGUGGUAGUGUCUUACUGAAACAAACGUUUUACAAGAAUGUGCAGAAUACUGUGAUACUGUUAUUAUACAAUCUUUAUUUGGGUUCUACUGAACAGAAUUUUUAUAAAGAUCAUGACGUAUGCCGGUUGGAAUUAUUUAGGGUAUUAAAGGCUUUACAAAUAAAUCCACAUGUUGCAAUGGGAUUUCCUGUGCAAUACUGUCUAGAAAUAACACAUAUGGCAGCUUAUGAUGUUAAUUUAAAUAUUGCUCAAGAAGCAAAAUUCGCAUCUGCCGAAUUGGAAAAAAUUAUACAUCCUGCUGCGCCUACAUUACAGUUACCUCGACAACAGGAACCUGAACAAUUUGAUGAACUUGUCCUUGAAAAUCAAAUAGAAGAAGUUGCUACUACUAGCAGGUCAGACAAAAGAAGUAGGACUGAAGAAGAGUUUCAAGAUGCAGAUCCAGAUACAAAUGCAGACGCAUUUGUACGUAAACGACCAAAAAUAAUUGCGACACAAUGUAUUAAAGUAGACAUACAGAAUGGAAAUAUAGAAUUAAUAGAAGAGAAUAAUAGUAUAGAUAUGAAUAAGUCUCAAAUAGUUAAAAAUUCAUGUAAGGAGAUCGAAGAGAAAGAGACCGAAAAUGUAUUACAAGAACAAGAUAAAAUACAAAACGAGAAGCAAAGUCAACUGGAUUUAACAGACAUUAAUCCAAUUUCGAAUGUUGCUACUGACAGUAGAAUGGAAUGUGAAUUAGCUACGAUUAUUGAUAUGAAAGAACAGAAACAAUAUGAGCAGUCUGAAGAUUUAGAAUCAUGCACCGAUAAAAAAGAUAAAAUGAUAAAAAUGAGUCCUAAAAUUAAUGAAAAAACGCAAAAAAAGGCGUCGCAAGAUGAUGUAUGGGAAGAAAUUGAUGAUGAUGUACUACAAUCUCUAAGUUUGUUUCAUGACGAGGUACCGAAUAAAAUUUAAAUUCUUUGUGACGUUACCUGAAGUUAUUCAUGUUUUUUGGAGUUGUCGUGAUACUGACGAAGGAAUUUGUGUCACUCGAGAAUUGUGGAAUUAUAUCUGGUAUCC